CACCGGUGUCUUAUCAGGGGGACGAGACCCCCGUGCAGUCGGGUGCUUGUCAUCUUUGGGCCUUGGGCCGAGGAGGAGGAGGAGAAGCAGAUGGGUGAUGGCCAGUCCUGCGGAGUCAGUGCCAGGUCUCCCUGUGGGUGGGGAGGACCCAGGUUUGGGGUCGGACAGACCUCUCAACAGCCACACGGGGCUUAGGAAGCUGCUAGCCCUGGCCGGGACCCGGUCUUGCCGUUGGUGAGGUGGGCUCACACGGGCAGGGCGACUGUGAAGACCAGAUCGGGGAGGCCUGGCGCGCCUCCUCGCAUUCAUCGUGGGGCCGGGGAGAGGGAGUCAGGCACAGCAGGGUCGCGCACCUCCCCCGCGCAGCUGUCUUGUCUUGUCGUUGUGUUCGCUUGUCGUUAAUUCCCGUGCAGCUGGGGCGUGUGCAGCGGGUGUGUGAGCAGUUCUGGGGCUUAGGGGGCGCGGCGGACCCAGGCCAGGGCGUUUCUGGGCAGAGGGAAGGUUCGGAGAGAUUGGAGCUGGCCGCCAAGGACUCGGAAAGGACCACUGCCCCGUCUUGUUUGUCUCGCCUUCCAUGGGCCCCCACGGGUUCUCAAACUCAGCGUCCCCAGCCCUGGAGCUGGGGCUUUGGCCUCCCCUUGUGGAGGCGGGGAGGCAGGCCUGCUGCUCUCUGCCUUGCUGCACGCCUGCGCCAGAAGCUGGCGGUUGGAGAGGGUGUCAGGAUGGGGUCCCCAGAGAGCUGCCUGUGUUACUGGCGCUGGCUCUCUCCUGCAGCCGGAGCAGAUCCUGGGCUUGGCUAUGACCCGUACAACCCCGAGCUGCCCAAGCCCCCAGUGCAGAGGGAGAAUGGUGCCCUGGGCAGAGAGGACACGCCCCGCUCGGACAUCCUGGAGCUGGAGCUGGUCAACCAAGCCAUUGAGGCCGUGCGCUCCGAGGUGGAGCUGGAGCAGCGGCGGUACCAGGAGCUCCUGGAGACGGCCCGCGAGCACGGCUCUGCUGAGGCCCCUGCCCUGGCGCCCCGCGGCCCCGCUGCCUGCACUGCCGCCAGCCUGGACGAGGACGCCUUCUCGCUGUCCUUUGACUACAACCCCAGCGGCCGCAGCCUGCUAAGCCCCGAUGCCACCUACCAGCCCACCCCUCUGGCUGCACCUGCCGAGCCGGGCAGCAAGUACUCGCUGGCCUCUCUGGACCGGGCUCAGGGCCACAGUGGAGGGGGCGGUGGCGCCUUGGAGUACGUCCCCAAGGCUGUGAGCCAGCCUCGGCGGUACAGCCGCCCCGUCCCCAGUGGCAAGUACGUGGUGGAUGACUCCAAGCCGUCCACAGACCUGGAGUACGACCCGCUGUCCAACUUCUCCGCCCGCCUGCUCGGCAGGGCCGGCUCCAAGGACGACAGGGCCCCCAAGCGGCCCAGGGGUGCCCACGCCCGCGAGCCCUACACGCCCGCACCCAAGAAGCCCUGUGACCCCUUUGGCGGCUGUGACGCCAGGUUCUCGGACUCCGACGAUGACGCCGCCGUUGUUCCGAGUGACAGGCCCGCCACCUGCAGCCCCCCAAGAGCCCGAGUGGGCACUGAGAGCAAGGUCCCCGGGAAGCCGGGCUCCAGGGACGGCCAGGAGCCUGAGGAGGGUGGCCCACGGGAGACCAAGGAGAUGGCCGUGCAGUAUGAUGUGGGGGACCUUGGGCAGCCCCCCAAGGGCCCAGGCGAGCCGCCCCCAGCCAAGCCGCCCCCGGCCAAGCCCAGCUCCCCGGCCCAGGCCUCCCAGGACCACAGUAGCUCCAAGGAGGAAAAACCCAAGAAGAAGAAGCGGGGGGCGCCGCCGGCCCCCAGCCACAGGGACGGCGUGCAGAAGACAGACCGGGGGAAGGAGGGAGAGCGCGCAAAGCCGUCAGAGAAGGCUUGUGCGGACAGGAGGGGCCCGCAGGCCGGCAGCCCCCGGCACAGGGCACAGCGGCCCCAGGGGACCAAGAAGAAGCCAUCUCCGGCCACCCCAGUGGCCAACUCAGGGAAAGACCGGCCGCGGCCCAGCCCCACCAGAGGGGGCGCCCCCCUGCCACCCGACAGGACGGGCCGGCUGAGCCCAGCGGGGAAGCUGGUGGAGCGGAAGGCCCGCUCGCUGGACGAGGGCACCUCCCGGGACGCCCCCAAGCUGCCGAGGCGGGCCCUGAGCCAUGCUGACCUCUUCGGGGACGAGAGCGAGGACGAGGACCCGGGACCCGCAGGGCCUGGACUCCGGCCCCCCGCCCUCCCCAGCCUCAGCUCCACCUCGGACUCGGACUCGGACUCCAGCCUGGGCCUCUUGGCUGCUGGGGGGCCGCCCAAGCGCCUCAAGGCCUCCCCGCCCGCCUCGCCGGGCCCGUCCUCCUCGUCCUCCUCCUCAGGGGCGGGCUCAGACGUGGACUACGCAGCCCUGGAGAAGGAGGUCGACUUCGACUGCGACCCCAUGGAGGAGUGCCUGCGCAUCUUCCGCGAGUCCACCAGCGUCAAGACGGAGGACAAGGGCCGGCUGGCCCGGCAGCCCCCCAAAGAAGAGAAGAUCGAGGACAAGGGCCCGGGUCUGACCACUCUGUUCCCUGGGCAGAAGCGGAGAAUUUCUCAUCUUUCCAAGCAAGGCAAGGAGGCAGAGCCUGUGAGGAGAGGCCCGGCGCCGCCCGCCCGGCCCCUGACCGCCCAGGAGGUGUGUUACCGGCGGGCCCAGCAGGCGCAGAGGGCAUCAGCCAGCUGGCUCCAGGCUGCCCAGCGGCCAACCGAGAAGCUGUCCUCCGCCCACAUCUCGGCCCCAGGGGAGAGGAAGAGGAUCGCCCACAUCCCCAACCCCCGCCUGGCUGCAGGGCCAGGCCCAGGGUCAGAGCUGGACAGAAGACCCCCUGCCCACACACAUGGGGCACCUUCCCUGGCCUGCUGCCCCGCCUGGAGCCCUGGGAGGCAGCUGGCAGCCCCCACAGGUGCCAAGAGGACCCUCGAGGCCAGCAGCAGCCAGCCCCCCAAUGGCCCCGAGCCGGGCAGCCAGCCCCUGAAGACGCGCACGUUGUCGGGCAUGGCGUCCAAGACCACCACCACCGUCACCCCCAAGCGCGUGGCGCACAGCCCCUCCUUACAGAGCUUGAAGAAGCCCAUUAUCCCCAAAGAGUUCGGGGGCAAAGUCCCCACCGUCAUCCGCCAGCGGUACCUCAACCUGUUCAUUGAGGAGUGUCUCAAGUUCUGCUCUUCAAACCAGGAAGCCAUAGAGAAGGCGCUGAACGAGGAGAAGGCGGCCUAUGACCGUAGCCCCAGCAAGAACAUCUACCUGAGUGUGGCCGUGAACACCCUCAAGAAGCUGCGGGGCCUGGUUCCCAGCGCCGUGCCUGGGCUCAACAAAACCAGCAGCCGGAGGGUUGUGUCUCACGAGGUGGUGCUGGGGGGCAAGUUGGCCGCCAAGACCAGCUUCUCGCUUAGCCGCCUGAGCAGCCCCCGGGUGGAGGAUCUGAAAGGGGCCGCCCUGUAUGGCCGCCUCAAGGAGUACCUGCUCACCGAAGACCAGCUCAAGGAGAACGGCUUCCCCUUCCCGCACCCCGAGCGCCCAGGGGGCGCCGUCAUCUUCACGGCCGAGGAGAAGAAGCCCAAGGACUCCUCCUGUAGAAUCUGCUGCCGCUGUGGCGCCGAGUACCUCGUGGCUGCCUCGGGCCGCUGCGUGCGCGACGAGGAGUGCUACUACCACUGGGGGCGGCUCCGCCGGAACCGAGUGGCGGGCGGCUGGGAGACUCAGUACGCGUGCUGUUCAGCUGCUGUUGGCGCCACCGGCUGCCAGGUCGCCAAGCAACACGUGCAGGACGGCCGGAAGGAAAACCUCGAAGGCUUUGUGAAGACUUUCGACAAAGAGCUUCCAGAAGAUGCGCACCCGGGAAUCUACGCCCUCGACUGUGAGAUGUCCUACACCACGUACGGUCUGGAGCUGACGCGCGUCACCGUGGUGGACACGGACAUGCAGGUCGUCUACGACACCUUUGUCAAGCCAGACAACGAGAUCGUCGACUACAACACCAGGUUUUCGGGCGUGACUGAAGCCGACCUCACCGACACGAGCAUCUCACUGCGGGACGUCCAGGCCGUCCUGCUGAGCAUGUUCAGCGCCGACACCAUCCUCAUUGGACACAGCCUGGAGAGCGACCUGCUGGCCCUGAAGGUCAUCCACAGCACCGUGGUGGACACGUCCGUGCUCUUCCCGCACCGCCUGGGCCUCCCCUACAAGCGCUCCCUGCGGAACCUCAUGGCCGACUACCUCAGACAGAUCAUCCAGGACAACGUGGACGGGCACAGCUCCAGCGAGGACGCCAGCGCCUGCAUGCACCUGGUGAUCUGGAAGAUCCGAGAAGACGCCAAGACCAAGCGUUGUCUUCCCGACCCAGAGGAGCAGGACCCUGGUGCUGCCUGCCCUCCUGGGGUCCAGGAGCCGUCAGCCGGCGCCUCGGCAGCCACCGGGACCCAGGAGUCCAGCCGGCCUAGGCCUGGACGGGCGGGAGGGCUGCCCCCAGCCCGCCUGGGCUCCGUGACCUCGGAACCGAGCCAGCCCCCCUGCCAGCCCCCAGGCCUGCAGGUCCUCCCGCCGUGGGGGCUGUCUCUGAGGGCCGCAGCCCUGAGCGCCUGAGCCUCCCCAGCCCCGGGCAGGGAUGGAAUAAACGUUUGUAUGGAUUUUAGACCUCCCGGCGUCUGCGGCUGUUCUUGGUGCCAGGCUAGGACACACUCCCCGUGACCGGGGCAGCCGUGGAGCUUGGUUCGCCUUCUUGGAAACCAGCCCCAGUGCCCAGGCUGCCCCGGGGCCCUGCCAUCCUGCCCUGGGGCCACUGUUCCUGAGCAAACCCAGGGUCCCAGUGGCCUCACUUGGCGGCCUGUCACCCUUCUGGCUCCUUUGGGGUGCUGUGGGCAGCGCUGGCUUUGCUCGCUGCUGCACCCGCCCCGAGGAGCGUCCGGGGUGAGGGGCCCCAGCUGGCCACUGCACGCUGCCAUCUGAGCAGCUGCCUCGAGGUGGUGGGGGGCAGCUGCCAGCCCCUUGCGCGUGCCCCGUGUUGUGCUGACUUGUGGGUGGGCAGACCAGGGCUGUUCAGGUCCCGCUUUUAAUUUAUUUAAAGUAAAAAGUGAAAGGCCCGUAGAGAGGGACAUGCUGGGGCGCCCAGGUCCAGAUGCCCCAGCACAAAGGCUGGAAGGAGGGCUGCCCAGAGGAGGCCUCCACAACCCUGUCACUCGGGCUUCUGCUGAAGGCCAAGAGGAUAGGGUCCCUGGCUGAGGACAUGGCAGCUCUCCUCUAUGGGCUUCCUGGGCCAGGGCUGCAGAGGAGAGUCGAGUCCCCUCUCUGGUCCUGGGGGGCCCCUGCCGUCGUUUCCCUCUGGGGUUGUUCCUGUGACCCGUUGGCUUCCUCCCCCCCAUUCUGUAAACAAGGAAUUGUUUUCUAAAUAAACGGUGCAGGCGGCUUCACAGAA